CUACAUUUACCGCAUGCCCCUUGAAAAUGGCGGCUGUUAAAGAAACCAAAACAUCACAGGCACCACAUCUUGUCGAAGAAUUAGAAGCUUCUUUUCAGAACUGUAUAGACAGCUUAAUAUCUCAGGAGUAUUUCAAUGUGCAGGACUCAGAUGAAAUUAAAACAGGAAUGGAAUUAAGUUUACAGAAGUUUCUGGAGCUAGCAAGGAAGACAGAGGCCUUCUUUCUGCAAAAGCGUUUAAUACUUUCCAAACAAAAACCAGAACAGUUCGUUAAAGAUGAAACAGAGGAUUUACGAGCAGAACUAGAAAGAAAGGAUGUUAUGAUAAAAAAGCACCAAGAAAGAUUGCAAAAAUGGCAGGCAUUGUUAAAUUCAGUAAACAAAGGUCCUGGAUCGUUUUAUACCUCCCAAACACAACAGCAAUUGUCAGGUCCCUCGGGAGCACAGCAAUACCCCUCGCACUCUGUCCCCUCAGGAACAUUCACAGGAAGUGGGGGAAUGCCCGGACAAACUCACAUGGGCCUGUCUUCUUCCUCAAUGUCAGGGGGACAGUACUCACAGCCCGGACAGCAGCAAUCCUCUCAUAUGAUGAUGUCUCGACAGGUUCAUUCCUCCGGUGUUCAUCAGCAACAACCACCUCCUGCUUAUCCCCAGGGACCUCUUCAGUAUCUGGAACAGAGCAUGUCCAAUAUUGGGAUGCCACCCCGGACAUAAUACAAGGACUGAUCAUGUUCAUGUGUGCUUGUUUUUAAAUAUUCAUUAAUGAACACAUUUGUAGUCAUGUAGUCAAUCAUGGUGUAUAUAUUAUAUUUAUAUCUUGUUUAUAUGUGCUACAUUACAAAUUGAGAGAAUUGGUAAAUACUGUAUAAUAAAUAUGGUUUGAUAUGUUCCAUUGUGGUUGAUGGUAAAGGUAUUACAUGUAAUCCAAGCUGAAAAAAUCCUAAGCACAGUAAAGUUAAAGGGAUUUCCUGUAUGGCGGUCAAAUGGGUUCGAUCGCCAGUGGACAGAUAGCUCAGUUGGCAGAGCACCUGACUAGAGAUUUAGGGGAUCCGGGUUCAAAUUCCGGUCUGAUCUGUUACAUUUACUCCCUUCACGUAACAUUUUGUAUCUCAGACCAGCCCCUGGAACUGAGAGGUGAAAAUGCCUGCCAGGGGAUAAAGAUCUUGGGGGGGGGGGGGGGGGGGGGGGGGGUGGGGGGAUGUGGCGGUCAGACUAGUUUGAUAGCUGUUGACCAGAUAGCUCAGUUUAUAGAGCACCUGACUGAAGAUUCGCUAAUAUGUAUAUGAAAUAUGAUAGCUCAGUUUAUAGAGCACCUGACUGAAGAUUCGCUAAUAUGUAUAUGAAAUAUGAUAGCUCAGUUUAUAGAGCACCUGACUGAAGAUUCGCUAAUAUGUAUAUGAAAUAUGCUAGCAUAAGGGGACACAGUUCAUGUCCUCAUUUAUUUGAAAAUAUGAAAUGAAAAUUAUUUUCUAUUAAAGCAGGAUGCUGA